CCAGCCGCCCCGGGGCACUUUCGUUUCUCCGCAGCUCCGCCCGCGUCGGCGCUCCAGGUCGCACUUUGCAGAAGGGCCAGAGUUUGGAACACCGAAGAAGAAAAAAAAAAGAGGACCGGAUCCGCCCGGUCUUGCAGGAGUCUGUGCAGGUGGAAAAUCAGAAAUAGGACAAGCAGAAGCAGAGGAAGGGCGACCAUGACUUCAGAAAUCCUGGCCUGUGUAAAAGAGGAGGUGACCUGUCCCAUUUGCCUGGAUCUCUUCAUAGAACCCCUGAGCAUAGGCUGUGGUCACAGCUUCUGCAAAGCCUGCAUCACUUUGAUGUAUGAGUCCAAGAAAAACAAAGCUGGUCAGGGCACGUGCCCCGUGUGUCAGGCCAGUUACCAGUUAGAGAAUCUGCAGCCUAAUCGGCACCUAACCAACAUAGUGGAGAGGCUCAAGGGGGUUCAGCUGAACCCAAAGCAGGAGAAGCAGAAGGAGUAUCGCUGCGCGCACCAUGGAGAGAAGCUGCAGCUCUUCUGUACGACAGACAGGCUGGUCAUCUGCUGGCUUUGCGAGCGCUCUCAGGAACACCGUGGUCACAAGACAUUGCUCCUGGAGGAAGUGGCCCAGGAGUACAAGGAGAAGCUCCAGGAAAUUCUGCAGAAACUGAGGGCAGAGGAGAAAGAAUUUGAGAACCGGAAAGAUGUCAUUCAAAAAGAGAGAACCUACUGGAAGAAUCAAAUAAAGGGAGAACAACAAAAUGUUAAGGCGGUAUUUACACAACUGGCACAAGGCUUGAACUCUGAGGAGAAGAAUGAGCUACAGAAGUUGCAGCAAGAGGAAAAGUAUAUUUUGGAUAGUCUGCAAGAGUCUGAAAAUGAACUGGCCAAGCAGAAGCAGUUGGUGAGAGACCUCGUCUCAGAGCUGGAGAAGCGGUUGCAGGGGUCCUCCAUGGACAUGCUACAGGAUGUGAAUGACAUCAUAGAAAGGAGUGAGACCUUGACUCCGACGACACCAAAAACUUUCCCGAAAGGACAAAGACGAGAAUUCCAAGGUUUUGAUCUGCAAGUAGCGCUGAAAGCAUUUCGAGAGCUAACAGAGGCUCGAUGCUACAGGGUUAAGGUGACACUGGAUCCAAGUACGAAUCCACAUACCAUCAUUAUUGAUGACCAAAGAAGAAUAAAAUACAACCCACAGAGACAAAAUGAUACACUUCUUUCCAGGGGUGUUCUGGGCUCACCAGCUAUCACAUCAGGGAAGCAUUACUGGGAGAUAGAUGUGUCUAUGAAAAGUGACUGGCUCCUGGGAGUGAGUGGUAGAAGAUGCUCCCAACCGACGUUUUCUCAACAUACACAACGCACAACUGCAAUCAGUAUGGAUUUUAAGGCGCCUGUAUAUAAGUCCGCACCGAGCCUAUUUCGUGCUUCUGUAAAUCAUCCAGACUAUUGGGACUCACCUGAGUACUGGGUCAUAGGGAUGAAGAGUGGCCACACAUACAAUGCUUUUCAGGGGUUCUCCCCUUUCUCCGGUAAUUUCUCCAUGACCUUCUUUGUGUCUGUCUCUCCCCAUCGAAUUGGAGUGUUCCUGGACUAUGGUGCUUCCAUGGUCUCCUUUUACAACAUUACAAACAAUGGAGCACUUAUGUGUAGAUUCCGUGAUUGCCGCUUUCCCCCUGAGGUUUUUCCGUAUUUUAAUCCUAUGAAUUGCUCACAGCCAAUGACGGUGUGCUGACUGACAGAACCCUUGAACGCCUCCAUUUCUGUGCAGCGCCUCGUUGGAGUUCAUUGGCAUCAGUGUAAACUUUCGGCUCUCUCUAGUCUUUCCUUUUGAGGGUUCUUCACUGGUAAGACGUGUGCAUUUCCUUCUAUCUUAUCCUUUCCCAUCUCUUAUUUAUUUAGGAGAGAAUAGUGAUCCGUCAUUUCCUAAACACCCAAUGUAAAAUGAUUCAUGACUGAUUCUUCAUUAAGUAAAGUAGUACUUCUGCACAAUUCUUUUUUUUUUUUUCUUUUUCUUUUUCUUUGCGGUGGUAGGAACAAUCACAGGGCAUACUAAGGAAGUGCUUUACUACUUAUCACCUCACCUCUGCUACAUCUGUACAACCUCAUUCUCUUUACCCCUGAAAACAAUUGUUUUUCAACAAGCUUUAUAUUCUUUUUGUAAAACUAUAUGUAUGAAUGAGCCGGGCGUAGUGGCACACACCUUGAGUCCCAGCACUCGGGAGGCAGAGGUAGGAGGAUUGCUGAGAGUUUGAGGCCACCCUGAGGAUAUCUAGUGAAUUCCAAGUCAGCCUGGGCUGGGGA